AUGAAAACGUACGAGUGUCCCUAUUGCAGACGGAUUUUCCAUCGUCAAGAGCAUCAAGCUCGUCAUAUUCGAAGUCACACGGGCGAAAAACCUUUUGUUUGUUCUUACUUUGAUUGCCGGAAACGAUUCACUCGUCGCGAUGAACUCAUCCGACAUGUUCGGACUCAUUUACGAAAGGCCCUCGUUAAUCCCGAUGCUCUCUCCAUCACCGUCGAAGACGCUCCCUCUCUUCCCUCCACCAACGAAGAAUCUUCUUCCAAUGCUCAUGCUCAUACCCCAGACGACUCAGAUUCUAAAAAACCUUAUGACCCGGUCCAAGCAGCUGUCGUUGCUUUAUCAGUAGCAUACGCAAAGCCAACCACUGUUUCUUUGACUUCUCAAGAUGUUCAGAUCCAGUCUCUUGGAGCUGCCCGUCCCCGAAGGAAAUCCGCUUCCAAUGCCUAUUUACUUAACAAAAAUGGUGGCUCUUUCCGUCGAUUUUCCGUUUCCGAUAUUUUAAACAAGGGUACGACAGCAGGCUUUACCACUACAUCUCCCGUUUGCUCUUCUCCGUCUUCAGGCUCUUCCGGUCCUUCCGCGAGUCCCCAAACCCGUUCUAUCAAAAAAGAAUCUCACGUUAAUGAUCAUCCUUUCCUCUCUCGUCAAAGUAGAAGAAGGAUCUCUGUCCCUUCCAAACUCCCCCCGUUUCUUUCCUCUUCGUCCGCUGCUCAUUCAAAUUCAAUUUUCCCUUCUCCUCAAUCUGCUCCUUCCAGCUCUUCCUGUCAUUAUCCUUAUACUUCUAUACCAAUGGCUUCCUUUCAGCAUCCACAUCCACAACCCUCGCCGUCAUCGUACGGCCACCCAUCGAUGACACCCAUAUCUCCUCCUUAUGCCCAAGUGCCUCAUACGGCUCCGAAUCAAAGCUCUUUGACUCCGUAUCAUGCUCAGCCAAUAUUCAUAGCACCUUCCCGAGAGUUUUCCAUGCAUCCCCCACCUAAUACUGCUACUGACAAACUUCCUCAUUAUCCCGUUUCCCAAGAGGUCUACAUGGGUCUUUCUAAUGAAAGCACUCAACCUCUUUCAGCAAGACCAUCCGCCACCGAACAAGGUCCCUUUUUAUCGUACAAUUAUAGCGUAGCUUCUCAGUCUAGGCAUCCAUUUCCCGAUCAGCGUCCUUCGUUGAAAGCCCUGCCAACCCUAGAGCCUCCCUCAAAUUCGAGCAAUACAAUGGCUUUACCCACUUGUUCUUUGCAAACGUUGUUUCAAAACGAUUAA